UUUGGGUUAGAGUUGACCCCACCAAUCGCUAGCAUUGGUACUGAAUAGUACACCCUAAAGAAGGACUAUAUGAAGUCUCCUAGGUCCUUUGUAGUUACAAAGACCACAGAUAUGACCAAAAUUUUACUAAGCAUAGACCUUAACUGCAUAACAGCAAUGAAAGUUGUUGAAGGCUGUUGAAAGGAUCUUUCUAUAUGGCUUACUUUUCUUUACUAUAACAUUCCUCCUUUAAAUUACUCAUUAGUUGCUUUGGAAGAAUGAAUGGCAACAUCGUCACUAAUGAUGGCAAGCUGAAGCAUUAGCUUACAUUUUGAAACUAUCUCAUAUGCAUAUCUGGUAAACAUAAACCUUCAGCUGUGCAAGAAAUUGACUGUGCUCCUUGGUGUUAUAUAAACAUGCAUUGACAGUUUGGAAUACUUCUUUUGAAUGUUAAAUUUAUAGAUUUGCUACACUGCAUUUUUAUGUGUUAAUGCCACUUUUAUUAUGCCACAAAUACAUUAAUG